AUGGCUCUUAGUCUAACUGUUGACGUUGUCUCUUCCAUUUCAAAGGAAAAGGAUGUGUGGAGAGUUAUUGUGAAGGUGGUGCAGAAGUGGAUGACUCCAAGUUUUGAUCGUUCAAAGCUUCCUAAUUCGAUGAAGUUGGUUUUAAUGGAUGCAAAGGGUGAUAGGAUCCAUGGCACAGUGCAAAUGACUCAUGUUUAUAAGUUUAAUCCUUUGUUAGUUAAGGGUCGAGUAUACAUGUUGUCACAUUUCAGUGUUGGUGAUAGCCCUCUUGAUUUUCGUACAACGACACAUGCUCACAGGAUAAUCUUUGGGUUUGAUUCGGUUGUUCAAACCCUAACCGACGUUCUCAUCACUAAGAGUCCUUAUUCAUUUGUUUCUGUUUCUGAUAUCAUGUUGAAUGAUCCAGAUCAGACACUGUUAGUCGAUGUGAUAGGGAUCCUUACCGGCCAUAGCGGCGAGCAGGAAUUUGAAAAAAAUCAUCAAGUGCGAAUGAGGAUUACCAUAGAGAUUGAACAAGAAGGAGUGAAAGUUGAGUGUGCAUUUUUUGGAAGCUACGUCCAAGAGCUACUCUCUGCUUUAUCUUCACGCGAUCUAACCGACGUUGUGGUUUUAAUCAAGUUUGCAAAAAUCAAGCCUUUUAGAGGUCAACAAAGCCUGCAAAAUGCAUAUGGUGCAACACGGAUCCUCUUUAAUCCUGAGAUUUCUGAAGCUACUGCUGAGAGGGACAAGUUUUUCGAGAUGAAUGAACCUAGAUCUCAGAUUCUUACCCAACUGUCCGACUCUUCAAAACCUUCCCUUGAUGAAGAGUUCUUAAAACAGAGAUGA